ACGAACUGACGCAUAUUGCACCCAUCCCACGCCUAGCACGGUCCCAGCCUAUUCCCACGUGGUUUGAUUUGUGCGAGCAACACAGUUUCGUGGAAUCGUGGGUCACUUUGUUUACGUUUUUCAAUUCAAAAUGGAGAAAUUGAUCGAACUCGUUCGGGAGAAUAAUGUGUUGUAUGACACUUCACAUGAGGAUUAUAUGAGAACAAAAUUAAAAAAUGAGUUGUGGGAGAAGAUAGCCAGAGAUUUAAAUUAUACAAGUGGGAAGGAUGCUAAAGAACAAUGUCGGAAGCUAAGAGAGUGUCAUCGUGAAGCUAUCCGAAGGCAACAAAAGAAAAGUGGACAACAAACAACCACUACGAAACCAUGGACCUAUCAAAAACAAAUGGAGUUUUUAAAACCAUAG